ACUCGGCGUAGACUCCGCGACGCGGGCGGAGGGCGAAGCGGGGCAUGGCGGUGCCCGGCGGCGGGGGCUCGGCCCUGACGGUGACCGUCACCUACGGUAGUGAAAAACACAGUCUUCAGGUUGCUUCUCAAGAAGAAGACAGUCAGCCAACAGUACGUGAUAUGGCUCUCUUAAUUGAACAAGUAACUGGAGUUCCAAUUUCUUUUCAGAAACUGAUAUAUAAAGGAAAAUCCCUGAAAGAAAUGGAACAGCCAUUGGCAACAUUUGGAGUUAAAAACGGUUGUAAAGUCAUGCUGAUUGGAAAAAGGAAUAGUCCAGAAGAAGAGACUGAAUUAAAGAAAUUGAAAGAUUUGGAGAAAUCUGUGGAACAAAUAGCAAAAAAAAUAGAGGAUGUUAAUAAAGAGCUUGGAGGUAUUCAAAAAGGAUUUCUAGCAAAGAAUCUUCAAACUGAAGCUCUUAACCAGUUGGACAAGCGGAUCAAGGGAACUGCUGAACAGUUUAUGAAGAUUCUGGAACAAAUUGAUGCCAUUACUCUCCCAGAAAACUUCAGUGACUGUAAACAGAAAAAGAAGGGGCUAGUGAAAAAAGUUCAGGGUUUCCUUGCACAGUGUGAUACAGUGGAAGGAAGUAUUGGUCAAGAAAUUGAUAAACUGCAGUUGAAGAACAUGGCCCUUGCAGAAUGAGGCAUUAUUUUAAGUAACUAGGAGAAAUAAUUGCUCUGUGAGCAAGAAGAGGAGUUUGCUCUUGAUUUUGGAGCACCUGUUUGGUAUUCAAAAUUUUAUUUUAAGCAGAGUCCAGUAAUCCUGUUGCAUGUUGACCACUGCUUACUGGUUGUCACGUGUUCUGCUUAGAUGUAAAGCUCUUCUUUCCAAAAAAUAAUACAAAACAUUCUGUUUUUCUUGACUAUACUUCAAAACCUGCCUUUGUGUGAUCAUAUUUGUUUCAGCUAAACCACAUGUUGCUUUCCUUCAUUAAUCGUUCAGAGCAACUACUGUAACUAUGAUGCUGUUAAGUAAAAUUGUAUGUGUUCUCAGAUGUAGGAAAGAUUUAACCACCUGAGGUUUUAUCUGUCUUACUUUCAGGAUGCCUAAAUUUGAAUGUACUGUAAGAUGUAUUGUGCUUUUAACUAGUGGCUGAACAUCGAUAAGUUCCUUGAUGGUCAUUUUUACAUA